CUGGGUGAAAAUUAUCGAUACCUGGAACAGGACGGACAACAUCGCAGUGGAAAAUACGUGUAAUAUUUACAUAAAACUGAAUUUCGUAGUGCAUCCAGCGAUAUGGAGACACCGACUGCCGACGAUUUGCUACAGUUUCGCGACUAUAGCAGCACAAGCGCAACUAACAGCGGCGCACCAGCGCAAAUCAAUGUGAACUCGCCAACGCAUGCAUCAGGCGGCGGCGGAGGUGGCAUUGGCAGUGGAUUUGGCGGAGCUGGCGGCCAUAGCAGUGCACAACGUCAACGCGGUGAUCCUCUGGCCGAUCUCAUCUACGACAUGAGCACUUCCGCACAGGCCAUGGCAGGUGGUGGCGCCAACAAUGCGCAGAACGCGGCCCUAGAUGGAUCUGGCAGCGGCGGCGGCGGCACUGGCGGCGCACGCCUCUCCUUUCUUACCAUCGAGUACUAUCAGCAGUUCUUCAACGUGGACACCUACAUGGUGCUGGAGCGCAUUGCCAACUCGAUGAUACCCAAGCGGGCAUCUGGCAAUUAUCUACGCAUGAACAUUGGCGAAAAUCCCGAUCUCUAUGGCCCCUUCUGGAUAACCGUCACACUGAUCUUCUCGAUUGCCAUUAGCGGCAACAUAGCCAGCUACUUGCAUCAUGCCAGCGAUGGCUACCACUGGCACUACAACUUCCAUUUGGUCUCGUACGCGGCCACUUGCAUCUUUCUGUAUGCCAAUAUCUUGCCGGCCAUACUGUGGGCCCUCUUCAAGUACAGCCUGAAGCCCGUCAAUGAGGCGGAUGCCGUUGAAACGGAUAGCGCCACCUACACACCCACACUGCUGUCCCUGAUGUGCAUCUACGGCUACAGCCUGGCCAUCUACAUACCCGUCUCCAUUCUCUGGGUGAUUAAUAUCUCUCUGCUGCAGUGGCUGCUCGUGAUUACCGCUGCCCUGUUGUCGGGCACCGUGCUGAUUGCCGUACUGACGCCGGCGCUGCGCAACUCCCAGUUCUCGCUGUUCCUCAUCAUUGGCAUCCUCAGUGCUCACGUUGUGCUGGCUGCCGGCUUUAUGCUGUACUUUUUCCACAAUCCGCCCGACUCACCGGUGGCCACUAUGCCACUGCCCACAGCACCGUCUGUCCUUAAGGCCGUUACCCAGGCGGCCGCCAAGGCAGUGCUGCCCGGUAACCAGACACACUAAAUUCCAUUCCAGUCUUUGCCACAUUGAAAGUGCCCGGCAUGCCCGGCAGCAGAUGUUCUUCCCAGGAUCCUCUUGAGAUUUGUGCAUGUUUUGGGUCUGAGUCUGGGUCUGGGUCUGCCUGGGCUGCGUAUUGACUUCUUUUAACAUUUUUGGCGACUGUAUGUAUAUUUAUAAUAAAUUAGACACAUAUUUAGAGGUA